ACCAUGAGGCUGUGGAAGUCCGUGGACAAGAUGAGGUGUUGGAGGAAACGCUCGCUGCUGCCGGUCCUCGCCUUCCUCGCCACCUCGCUGCUCUUCUUCAAUGUUUACAUGGAUGACGGAUACGUGCGGGAAGCUGAGAAACGGCGGCUGGGGGAGGCCGUCCAUCCUCCCAACGUCCAGACGUUCAGAGACGUUUCCAACUUCUCCGGCAGCAUCAACGUGACGUUCCGCUUCCUGGCUGGAGUUCCUCUGCCGCGCAAAAAGUUCCUCACCAUCGGACUGUCGUCGGUGAAGAGGAAGAGGGGGAACUACCUGCCGGAGACCAUCCGGUCCAUCUUCGACCAGUCCAGCUACGAGGAGCUGCAGGAGAUCGUGGUCGUGGUCCACCUGGCCGACUUCGACCUGCUCUGGUGCCAGAACCUGGUCCAGGAGCUCAGCCGGAGGUUCUCCCACCACAUCGUCGCCGGGCGGCUGCUGCUCAUCCAGGCGCCGGAGCAGUUCUACCCGACUCUGGACGGCCUGAAGAGGAACUACGACGACCCGGAGGACCGGGUCCGCUUCCGCUCCAAGCAGAACGUGGACUACGCCUUCCUGCUCAGCUUCUGCUCCAACCUGUCGCACUUCUACGUGAUGCUGGAGGACGACGUGAGCUGCGCCAGGAACUUCUUGAGCUCGCUGAAGAAGGUGGUGGCGUCCCGCCGCGGCACCUACUGGGUCACGCUGGAGUUCUCCAAGCUGGGCUUCAUCGGGAAGCUGUACCACGGCCGGGACCUGCCCCGGCUGGCCCAAUUCCUGCUGCUGUUCUACCAGGAGAUGCCCUGCGACUGGCUGCUGGUCCACUUCCGGGGCCUGCUGGCCCAGAAGGACGCGCUGCGCUUCCGGCCCUCGCUCUUCCAGCACAUGGGCUACUACUCCUCCUACCGGGGCGCCGAGAACAAGCUCAAGGAUGACGACUUCGAGGAGGACGCCCUGGACGUCCCGGACAACCCCCCCGCCAGCCUCAGCACCAACAUGGACGUGUUCGAGCGCUACGACGCCGCCAGGGCGUACAGCAGCAUCCCGGACGAGUACUUCUGGGGGAAGCCGCCCGGCACCGGCGACUUCUUCCUCAUCGUCUUCAACUCCUCCACCAGGAUCAGCAGGAUCCGGGUGGUGACGGGCUCGGAGGAGCGGCGGGCCGACGUCCUCAGCCACGGCGCCCUGGAGGUCGGCCGGAGGGCGGCGGAGACCCGGCAGGGCCGGCAGUGCGCCUCCUACGUCACGCUGGGGGAGUUCAGGGUGGGGAGGAUCGACGUGGCCGACGUGGACCACAAGGUCGGCUUCGAGGUGGAGUGCGUGAGGAUCGUGGUGACGGCCGGCCAGAGCGAGUGGCUCAUCAUCAGGACCAUCAGUCUCUGGACCGGCGGAGCCUGA